CGUUUAAACACAAACACUUUUUUUCGAAACCAGAAAGAUAGAUGGCGAUACCUGCAUACACAUACACGAUUCAUGCUAAAUUCAUCCAGUCUGUCUGUGUGUUGUUGUUGUUGUUUUUUGUUUCUGGUUGAAGAAAAACAAAAACAACGAACAAACGAAAAAAAAAACAUAUCGAGUCGUCGUAGAUGUUGAUGUUUAUCCUUGAAUGCUUCUCGUCCUUUGAAAUGAUCUUUUUUUCUCUCUUUCUCUCUAUCUUUUUCUUUCGGUGUUUUUGUUUGUGUUCGUUGAUAUGAUCGGUAUAUAUGCCCGUUAUCGUUUCGUUUCAAGUAAUAACCUAUCAUUAUCUUUCAGGAUCAGAUUUCAAAUCUGGAUUUGUUUCCCAUUCAUUUGAUUCUGUGUGUUUUUGAUAUCGAAAAAUCGAGAACAAAUCAAUUUGGUGUGAUUCUUCGAAAUCUUAUUCUCCUCACGAUAAUUGAUUCAUAGUGUUUUGUGUUUUUUUUUCGGUCUUAAAAGAAUUUCGUGGGAAAAAAAAAUGUCAUUGUGGAUCGGUUGUACGGCCAGUACGGCAACCAAAUUAUUAUCAUCACCAUAUAUGAAAAAUGUAACACGAAUUACAAGCACACCGUUUAUUACGAAAAAGACUUUACAAUCAGAUAAUCAAUCAAUUCGUUCAUUCUAUAAUGAAGCUGAAACGAAAAAAUAUUUUACCCGAGCCCAAUAUGGUGGUCGUCAUAUGGUAACAGUAUUACCCGGUGAUGGUAUUGGACCAGAAAUGGUUCGUUAUGUACGGGAAAUGUUUAAAGUUGGCGGUUUCCCUGUUGAUUUUGAAGAAGUUCAACUUGAUUCACAUAAUGAAGAUCCAGAAAAUAUGAUCGAAGCAAUCACAUCAAUUUUACGUAAUGGUGCAGCAAUCAAAGGAAAUAUUGAAACACGUGAACAUUCAAAAUAUUUCUUAUCACGUAAUGUUGAAUUAAGAUUACGAUUAAAUUUAUUCGUAAAUGUUGUACAUUGUAAAUCAAAUCCCGGUAUUAAAACACGCCAUAAGGAUAUUGAUAUUGUAUUGAUAAGACAAAAUACUGAAGGUGAAUAUUCGUGUUUAGAACAUGAAAGUGUUGAUGGUGUUGUUGAAAGUUUGAAGAUUGUAACCAGAGAAAAAACUGAACAAGUUGCACGUUAUGCAUUCGAUUAUGCACGUUCACAUAAUCGGAAAAAAUUGACUUGCGUACAUAAGGCUAAUAUUAUGAAAAUGGCCGAUGGUUUAUUCUUGAAAGUUUGUACCGAAAUUGCUAAAGAAUAUCCGGAUAUUGAAUUCAAUAAUAUGAUCAUUGACAAUUGUUCAAUGCAGUUGGUAUCGAAUCCAAAUCAAUUCGAUGUACUAUUGUUGCCGAAUCUAUAUGGAAAUAUAUUGACAAAUAUUGCUUGUGGUUUAGUUGGUGGCCCAGGCAUCACAUCUGGACGAAAUUAUGGUCCUACACAUGCCGUUUUUGAAACUGGCACACGUAAUACUGGUAAAAAAGUAGCUGGUAAAAACGUAGCCAAUCCUAUUGCUAUGUUGAAUGCGUCUGUUGAUCUAUUGGAUUAUCUUCAAUUAAAAUCAUAUGCCGAUAUUGUACGUGAUGCUAUUUAUAAAGCUAUUAAUAUAGAAAAAUUACAUACAUUAGAUAUGGGUGGUAAUGCAACAACAAGUGAUGUUGUUAAUUUUAUCAUCGAUGAUGUUAGUUCGCAAACAAAAAUUAAAGCCUAUCAAGCACAGGCUUAAUGGAUUGUUGAUGGAUUAUUAUCAUCGUCAGAUUUAAAAUCAUUCAGUAAUAAAAAAAAAGAGAAAAAAAAAAAAGAUAAAAAUUAAUCA